UUCGUCAGACCAAUCCAAGGUCUUACGUAUCAGCGCGUCAUAUGAUGACGACUGUGGAGCAGCACGCGGGAGUCAUACAACGUGAACUGUUUUUAUAGAAUAACUCAUUAUUGAUUCUGUGUCUAUAUAAUAUUUAUCUUACGCUUUUUAACGGUUUACAGGGCAGAUAUCGGUAAGCUAAGGACGUAAACACAGAGACAGGUGCGAUGUUGAGCCCCAAACUGCUGACUCUGGUGCUGGUGGUCCAGCCAGGCAGGGUGCUGCUGGGCAUGAAGAAGAGAGGGUUUGGGGCUGGGAAGUGGAACGGGUUUGGGGGCAAAGUUCAGCCUGGAGAAACUAUUGAAGAUGCUGCAAGGAGGGAGCUGCAAGAGGAGAGCGGUCUGACGGUGGAUGCUCUGGAGAAGGUCGGAAAUAUCAAAUUUGAGUUUGUCGGAGAAACACAGCUGCUCGACGUCCACAUUUUCAGAGCUGACACUUUUAACGGAGACCCAGCGGAGUCAGAUGAAAUGAGGCCUCAGUGGUUUGAAUGUGACCAGAUUCCCUUCAGUGAAAUGUGGGCUGAUGAUAGCAUGUGGUUCCCUUUGAUGCUGCAGAAGAAGAAGUUUGUUGGAUAUUUUAAGUUUCAGGGUCAUGACGUGAUCCUCAGCCACAAACUGGAAGAAGUGGAGGAGCUCUGAGAUAACCAAGGAUAACCUGGGACCAAAAAACAUCAGCCUUAAAAAUGCUGACAUUUAAUACUGAACAUUGUUUGGUUCAACACUGUUAAAUGUUUUUGUCUAGUUUCAUUUGUACAGCCAUAUUAGCUGUACCUACAGAGUGUUAGUCUGUACUCAUUGUUAGCUUUGUAUUCACCUCACAUGAAAAGGAAAAAAAUCAAAGCAGCAGUAUACUGGACAAACAAGUUUUCAGUUGUGUCAUUUUAUUUUUCAGGAUAACUGAUUUAACACCAUUCAGCGAGAAUUUUUUUCUGUAAUAAAAUAUUUACAGUAUCUACAGCAAUAAUUUUAUUGGGUUUCCUAUUCUGUGCAAGUUCACCUGAUUCCCAAUAUGUUUUCUGUUCCCAAACAAAUGUGUUUCAUUCUCUGUUACAGUUUCUUCAUAAAAUACCUGCUGAUAACUAUGUGCUCAUAGCGGGUGACAAUUUGUGAGGUAACUUCUAAGAUAUAAGCCCAGAUGUCUUUCAACUUGUCCCUUUGAUUUAUUUUUUUAGAAAAAUAUAUAAUGUUCUGAUAAACUGUA